AUGCCAUGGGACCUGCCAGACGACCUUGUCCAAGACCUGAAGACCACAAGUCCGGGUAUCCAAAUCAUCACAUACCGGGUAGGCUUCUACAAUAAAGCACCCCCCGUCGAGAUCCCGCAGGCGACGUGGGACAGAGUCACCGCGCUGUUCACGUGGAUGGCCUUCCCAACACCAGAGAAAGCGCCGAGUCUGCAAUACGUGCAGCUUCUCGCCGCUGGCUGCAACCACGUAUCCGACAUGCCCAUCUUCCACGGCACCGAUGUUGUUUUCUGCACGGCGAACGGAGUUCACCCACCGCAGAUCUCAGAAUGGGUCAUUGCCACAUUCCUCAGCUUUCAGCAUCAUUUGUAUGAGCAUUGGGAGAACCAGAAGCGGCGGACGUGGGUGAUGCCGGAGCACGACGAAGACACGCAGGAUGCCGUCGGUCUAAGGAUAUUGCAACCGGCUCACAUCCAUGAUCCGCAAAGGGGCGUCCUCGGCUACGGCAGCAUCGGCCGCCAGUGCGCGAGACUUGCCGACGCGCUAGGCAUGAGUGUCUACGCGUACACCGCGCGCGAGAGGCCGAGUGCCGCUUCGCGCGCGGACGAUUCGUACGUCGAGCCCGGCCUCGGCGACCCGGUCGGCGAGAUCCCGUCCCGCUGGUUCCACGGCCGCGCGCAGCUGAACGACUUCUUGGCCGAGAUCGACCUGCUGGUCAUUACCCUGCCUUUGACCCCGGCCACCAAAGGCAUCAUCGCGAGGGAGCAACUGCGGGCCCUCGGGACGCGAAAGGCGUUCCUGGUCAAUGUAGCGAGAGGAGCCGUCGUCGAUACGGACGACUUGGUCGCCGCGCUCAACGAAGGGACGAUCAAGGGGGCCGCCCUGGACGUCACUGAUCCCGAACCGCUGCCUCCGGACCACCCGCUGUGGACUGCCAAGAACGUCAUCAUCACGCCGCAUGUCAGCUGCAACUCUACUCACUACAACGAGCGAGUUCUCAGGAUCCUGGCCGAGAACCUCAAGCGGCGGGCGCAGGGGAAGAGGAUGCUCAACGUGGUGGAUAAGUCCUUGGGAUAUUAG